AUGGCUCACCAUCAGCCGUACGAUCCAUACUACCUCCACCAAGCACCGGAGUACGGGUUCAACAACGAUCGCAACGGCAUCAACACCCUCUUCGUUUCGGGCCUCCCCGACAAUGUCAAAGCCCGCGAGAUCCACAACCUCUUUCGCCGCCGUUCCGGCUUCGAUUCUUGCCAGCUCAAGUACACUGGUCGCGGCAGCCAGGUUGUUGCUUUUGCCACCUUUGUUAAUCAUCAAUCAGCAAUGGCAGCUCUGCAUUCCUUGAAUGGUGUAAAAUUCUACACGCAGACUGGAUCUGUUCUUCAUAUUGAAAUGGCCAGAUCAAACUCAAGGAGGAAACGACCUGAAUAUUCAUGUCUCGCUAAUGUAGAGAAACUCAUGCCUUCAUUGGAUAUUUCAUGUCUCUUUGCUUAA